UCAUGAAUCUACACAAGAACGCGAUCAAAGAUUAAAAACCCGAGAAACACAAUAUCACGAAAUUUCAUUUCCCCUUAGAGCCUUGAUAUUAGAGGUUGCGUACCUUAGCUAAUUGUUUGUGGUUUGGUGCCAAGAUCAGUACCAUGGCAAAGUGGUGACGAAACGGCACCAACUUGCAGCCAUUCUUCCAGGCAUCAUCUGUUCCCGCGAAUGGGAAGCCUCGGAAAGUGCACUUUUAUCAGUCUAUAAUUAUUGAUGAUAACGUAUAUCUCAAAGGAUGCGGUGUCCGUGAUCAUGGAUUUACUUCAAAUCGCGCAGGGGAUUUUCAGCUCGCUAGUAUGAUGGUCCAAUAAGACUAUAGGCGGCGGAAGAUGGUUUGAUUAAAGAAAACGGUUUUAUAACCUAUAUCCUUUUGGCCCCCGAGAAUUGCGAAACAGAAAAGUCUUCGGACCCUCGAAACAAUGCUGCAGUACUUAGUACUGGCCAACUGUAGCCACUGACUAGCUCUUAACUCGAUGUGUUACGAGGCAUGUCUAUACCGAGCAUACUAACAAAUUUAGACGGAAAGGGAGCAGUGGAAAUCGAUGAAAUCGAAUUUGUCGGGGGUGAAUCACCUAUUAAGGGAUACGAUGAUGGAGCGAGCUGCUAUAGGAAGUUCUCAGACGUCUUUCCGCCUCUGUCGGAGCCAAAGCUAACCCUAGAACCGUGGAGUCCUCUACUUGCCGAGCAGGCCUUCUCUAACCCUCAGAAUUUCCAAUCCCAAUCUACGAUACAGGUCGUGAAGGCGGACGAGCAUGGCGUUCUAUGGUUACCCGCUGUUGAUGAUGCUGGUAUCAGAAGCCUAUUAAGCCGAGAUGCAUCACCAAAGUCCCCAAAUUAUCAUCACACGCUCAUUGUAUUCUUCGUGUCUCUUCAUUAUAACUCCGAGGCGCAGUAUGAGCGGCAAGUCAGUAUUUCAAAAUCCAGUUUCAAAAAGUUUAUCGACCGUACCGAGAUGCAUGAUGCAGCUAUUCAGGAUAUGCUAGGUCGGCCGGACUAUUGGUCAGCAUUCGGUCGACGCAAAAUCACCUUACUGGGCGGUGGGAGUAGCUACGAAUUCCUCUGUCAACAUCCACGCUGGUUGCAAAAGUCGCGCCAUGAUACUACCGUACACCGGGCACCAUGCUCAGUUUAUCUCCACCACGAGGGCGAGACGAAUACGUCGUACUAUAUGAUUUCUUCGGCGAAAAGUGAUGGAUAUGUCUCAGACAUCUUGAGAAAUCUUGGGAUUCCCGAUACCGACAAGCCAUACACCGGAAUGGCUCCAGAUGUAAUGUUCAAUCCAUUCUUCAUUCACGCCCUCGUUUCUGGCACAGCAUAUCGCCAGUCCACCGAGUAUUUAGGGGAUGUUCGAACAAAUCUGAUGGAACAAAUCAUAAAAGUGAAUGACUAUUCCCAGGAGACGCACCCAUACCUCGGUGAUGGAGAAGGGGUUGACGCGGGGCGAAAGAAACUGGAAGACAUCACCAAGAAGUUACACCUCGUCUCUCAGACAUGUGAUUCAGGAAUUGCCAGUGCCGAUAUGUCGAUUGAGCUUUGCAGAGAGAUGCUCGAAGCUUACAUGUCUUUCACUGCCAACGGGAUUGAAGAUCCCGCGUCGCGGCAGCAUGUUCAAGACUCGAUGGCGUGGAUCCUGAAGACCUGGCACUGCCAGAAGAAUUGGCUAAUUAGCUACAAGGCCAGGAAAGAUACCGCUAUGAAUUUUGUAUAUAAUCUGGUUACCCAACAAGACAACUCGGUGAAUAUCGACAUCGCGCACCAAACCGCGCGACACAGCUCGUCCAUGAACACGAUAACUGUUUUGACGUUGAUUUUCUUGCCUGGAACUUUCCUCGCGGGCGUUUUUAGUUCCGGUAUUUUGGAAAAUUCGGAAACGCAUGGCAUAUCUGAUCUCUUCUGGCCUUUUAUCUGGUUCUUCAUUCCCCUGACGCUGCUUUCGAUAGCAAUCUGGUAUUGGCGUCUGCAGUUGGAGAAAACCUACGCCUGGAUACGACGUAAGGCUUUGGACCGGAGAUAUUGUGAUGGCGAUCCUGAGAAAGGGGUGGGACGUAAUUAUGUCAAGUAAUCUGUGUAUGGAGAAUGUCGAUUUCCUCACAUAAGAAAAUAGGGGUAAAAUACCUGCCAAGGUAUUCUUCGAGUAUCGGGCCUUUCAUUACUUCCCUCUGCGAAAUGCUCUGACUAGGUUGAAUGUUGUGAAUAUUAGACAUGGGUGCCCCUCGAUGGUGUAAAACAUUCAUCACUUUUCAAAUCCUAGUAGGUUAGUGUAAAGACCCCUCAAUCAUCAAGCGGCGCCCGCAUCUAGACGGGGAUAUAGAGUCGCAUUAAAGAGUGCCUAGAGUACCGCCUAUCUUCCACUUUGGCUAGAUCCCGGCAUCCAGACGGUCAUAAGUGGGGUACCGGGACCGGGACCGGGCCGCCCUCCUUUCCCAACAAGUUCCUGUUCGUGCUCACCGAAGCCGUGGCGAUAACGGCGAUGACGAAUCAAGGCGAGGCUCCUGACGCCAUUCCCGCACCGAUUGGAAAUAUUGUUACGUGUUAACCUGCACAUCCAAGUUUUAAGGUUACAUAUAUACAUGCUAUUAGACUUACGAGAGCCGCGCAAAGGACAGCCGGAUCGUGCGCUUCUCAAGCCAACCCCCUCGUUAGGCUCCCCACCCUCCCUUCGCGCCCAAAUCAAAUCCGUCUCCGGGACUAGUUGGCG